UCGGGGGACGCAGAAGAUGAUGAUGAUGAAGACAAUGAAGAUAGCUCACAGCAAGGAAGUGGAGAAACCGGUUUCCCCAACAGCCAGGAUAUGUUUAUCACCCUGGACCUGGAACCCAGUAACCCCCAAACUCACCCAAGGCAUGCUCCCAGACCCUGAGGGCACACAAGGGACCUCUGCUGCAAAUGUUUCUCCUUCGCAGAGGCUAGUGAAGAUUAGAAGGAGAAAACGUCAGACUCGGGAUGAUAUGUUCUUGGAGCUCCAGAUGUCCUCCCACGCUGACAGAGCACAGCAGAAUGCGUGGAGGCAGUCAAUGUCAAAGUGCAAAAAAGCACAAUAUGAACGAGAGGAGAGGUGGCGGGCUGAAGAGAGCAAGUGGCAGGCUGAAGAGGAUAGGUGGCGUCAGCUUGCUGACAGAAGGCAAGAGUCGAUGCUCCGGCUGCUGGAGCAUCAAACUGAAAUGCUUCAGCGUAUGGUUGAGCUGCAGGAAAGGCAGCAGGAGCAGAGACCGCUGCUACAGCUCCUGUGUAACCAACAGCCCUCCUCCCCAAGUUCCAUAGCCUCCUCACCCAGACGCCCAAGAACACGGUCGGGGGGCCUCCGGCCACCCAGCCACUCCACCCCAGAUGAUUGCCCAAGCAUCAGAAGGCUGGCCUUCAAUAAGAGUUAAAGUUUUAAAGUUUUAAACUGCAGUGUGUCCUUAUCCUUCCCUCCUCCCCCACCCCUCCCGGCGCUUCCAUACUCCCCCACCCCUCCUGGGCU